CAGCGAUCGCGGUGACCUCUGUUUGCAGUUUAAAACAGAUCCGAUGUCUGUCGCCGCGCUUCGGAAUGGGCGCGGAGGAGCCGCUGCGGCGGGAUCUGGCGGAAACAGAGGAUCCGGUGACGUCAUCAGCCGAGGCUCCACGCUGGCGGUCUGCAACCAAGCAGGGGCGUGUCCAGAACCCAAGCACGACUUUGUGGUCUCCUUCCAAAAUGGCGGCAGUCCCUGCGUGGACAUGGACGGACCGGCCUCCCGGCCGACCGACCCGUUGCAGCAGCCGCGCUGCAACGCAGUCUACCUCGACUGGAAGAACAUCACCUAUGCCGUGCCCGCCAAAAAGAAAGAAAAGAGAGCACUCAUCAGCCACAUGUAUGGGAAGGCGGAGCCGGGAACUCUGACGGCAAUCAUGGGGCCCUCGGGUGCCGGAAAGACCACCCUCAUGAACGUCCUCUCUGGCCACUAUGACAAAGGCUAUGAAGGUGAGGUGCAGGUGAACGGCUGGGUGCGGGACACGGAGCUGUUCAACCAGCAGAGCUGCUACGUCAUGCAAGAUGACUGCCUGCUUCCCGAGCUCACCGUCAGGGAGGCUCUGACCAUGAGCCUCCAGCUUCGCAUGCCCUCCCUCAAUCGCUCCAAGAGGGAGCAGCUGGUUGGUGAAGCCAUCACGCGCUGGGGCCUGGAUGCCUGCCAGAACACGAGGACCAGCUCCCUCUCUGGGGGGCAGCGCAAGCGGCUGGCCAUUUCUCAAGAACUCAUUAGCAACCCACCGGUCAUCUUCCUCGACGAACCCACCAGUGGCCUGGACAGCAUCUCUGCUCUCCGGUGUGUCCUAGUGAUGAGGUCCCUUGCUGCCGCAGGCCACACUGUACUCUGCUCCAUUCACAAUCCAAGUGCAAAGCUCUUUUCACAUUUUGAUCGGUUGUACAUGAUAUCGGAAGGACUGUGCAUCUACAAUGGACCCGUGGACAAGCUGCUUCACUUCUUGUCUGCGCAGAACCUCCACUGUCCCCUGUACCAUAACCCAGCAGAUUUCAUCACGGAAAUUGCUUCUGGAGAGUACGGAAACCUGAACAGACAGCUGGCCAAGUCUUUCACGCCGGAUAGCUCUGAAGAGUGCAACAAGAAGACUUUAGAUCAUCCUGUGCUCACGGCUUACGGUGGGAAGAUCAUGAACAAAAAGGAAAAGGCCGAGGAGUGUGAACUGCACAAAGUCCGUGUCGAUUCCUUUCACCAGUUCCUCAUAUUAGUGAAGAGGUGCUUCUUUUGUGUCAUCAGAAACAAGGUAGCCACACAGCUGCGGGUCGUUUCGUACGUCUCCUUUGCCAUCAUGCUGACGAUGCUGUACUAUGACGUGGGCAACAACGCCACCCGGGUCAUCAGCAACGCCGCCCUCUUCCUGCUCUGCCUCACCAUCGCGCUCUUCCAGUCUGCCAUGCCUACCGUCCUCAUCUUUCCUACAGAAAUGAGCGUACUUCUACGAGAACAUCGAAACUGCUGGUACAGCCCGAGCAUGUACUACAUUGCGAGGAUAAUGACAGAGAUGCCGUUCACGAUCUGUGGGCCCCUGAUAAUGAUGGUGGCCCUUUACUGGUCCACCUCCCAGCCCCCCGACCUGUGGAGAGCUGCCACCGUCAUCCUGUUCACCAUUCAGGUGGGCUCUGUGUCCCAGGGGCUGGCACUCAUGGUCUCUGCAGCAAGCAGCAUCCAGACAUCUGUGUUCCUGGUGCUCCCGGCUGCAUCGCCGUCCUUCCUCUUCUCCGGGUUCUUUGUGCAGCAGACGCACAUCCACAUUGCGUUUCGCUGGAUCAUGUACACGUCCCACCUGUACCACGGCCUCCAGGGUAUCCUCGAAGCGCUGUACGGCCAUGGGCGCCCCGAGCUGGAGUGCGAAGAUGGCGAGCUCUGCUUCCUCAGCGACCCCAAGGAAGUCCUCCGCAGUCUCGGAGUCGAAGACAUUCGCCUCUACCUUCGCUUCUUCAUCCUUCUGGGCAUGGACCUCCUCUUCAGGCUCACCGCCUUCCUCAUCCUCAAGUGGCGUCUCCGCAGGAAGCGCUGAUGUGUCUCGCUUCUCCACACUUGUACUGUGACGGCGUGCACUGAGCUCCGGGCGAAACACGCUCGUGUCGACGGAACGUCCAGGACUGUCUGGGCACGACUCUUAAAGUGUGGCACGUCUUAAAGCUAUCGUCUAGCAUGCUCGCUGGCAGCGUUGUAGGGCCUUGGGGCAGGAAGGUGUUCAGCAUUCUGCUGAAGCUUUUGGCAGAAUGCUGGCCACUUCCUCUUAAUCAGUUUGGGACAAUAACAGUGAAACACCCCAGACUCUCGAGGAAUAGCUUCGUUCUGCUUUUCCAUUUUGAUGCGAGCCAUCGGCAGGUUCGUGGUGCGCUGUGCAACAAAGUUGACGGCAUUGUGUACAAUGGAUGCGAAAAAUCGUGCUGCAAGAGACAUCUGCAAAAUUGUCCUGCCUCGCGACAAGGUUGCUUUAGACCCAAUGGGAACAACCUUGUAAUUGUUGCCGCUAUGUUUGAAAUGUGGCGGCACACCGGGAUGUGAAUGGCUCUUUCACAACUCGGGAGACUUCAACACCAAGGUGCAAUGCCGCACAUUGAAUCCUGUUGUGGAAGUCUAAAGUCUUGUAUCUUGCCAGUCAGCAUAACCGAGCGGCUUUUGCUCAUUAAUAAUAGGGCUGAUAUUGCAGAAAGCAUUGCAUUGCUCUUCAUAUGCAGGUUUUGAAUGGCACACAAGUGACCAGGCCCUUGCAUACUCCGUCUUUUCUUGACGAAAUAUCACUUUGAUGUUCUCUGAGAAAUAGGAACUGCAAGAUAAAAAAUGAAUGCCUUAUUUUAAUACCACAGACUGAGCUAGUUCACAAUUUGAGUUUGUUUGUUUUUGAUCUCCAGACCAUCCUGUGUUAAGUUUGGCAGGUGGCAAACUUUUUGUUCUUUAGUGGCGACCUGCACAAGACAUGAUGUCUAGCAUUUUCAAAUCGCCAGCCUUUAUUUCUGCUUUAACAUUUGCAAACAUUUCUCGUUUCUUUCCUGAUGAUGUUGACACGUUUUCCUGCUGGUGUAGAUUUGCCCAAGUCGCAUUAUGAGCCGUAACGGAGUGUAUGUGGUGUGAAAGCUUCUUCAAGUUGUUGAAGUAUGAGUCAGUGUUCAGAGCAGUUACUUAGGUAAUGUUCAAGAGUGAAAAAUGUAUUUAGGUCUCUUUCGAUCCGCAUUGAGCGGCUGUGCUACCAGUUAAGAUGUAUUGCUUCCAAAUGGAGCUCAAAGCUUUUACAUUUCAUUAUCAGCUGUGUACUUUGUGUCCCUAACAUUGGGUGUAAAAUACCCUGAAUAUUUCCUUCGUUGAGCAAGUCUUUGUGUUGCUACGUAAAAUGAAACUACUUGACAAGUUUCACGACUUCAUCGACUCGGAGGGGAGUGUCGAAGGCAAAGAGACCUUUCUCCCCACUGGGUAUUUAAGGUUUUAAUGAUGAUGCAAUCUCAGAAACCUUAUCACACACACACACACAAAAAAAAAAAAAAGAGUGUAACUCAAAAUUUGUAUUUUUUUUUUUUUCGACAGAAAAAUCUUUAGUCGACAAAUGAUCACUUGGGGCUACUCCCCUCUUUAUUGGCUCUUCCUUCAUUAAUUAAAAUAUCAAACCAUAAAA